AUGUCGCCAGCACCAUCGACGACAAGAGUUAAAAGAUCGUCAACUGUUGGGCCAUCUAUACUUCCCUUAACCACGGUUUUUACACCCCCUGGGGAUUGUGCCACGGCCUUCCCUUUGCCAUCAGAUCUUCAGACCUUCGACGACACUACCAUCCUUACAUUGGGCGCAAGCUCAGUAUGCUACCCGAAAGGGUAUUCUACCGUUUCUUACUAUUCACCCGGAGUAUGUCCUUCCGACUGGGAGCUCGUGAAGGCUGAUAAAACCUCCGUUAAUACAUGGACGGAAACGCACGGAAUAUGUUGCCCAUUAGAUAUUCACACGCCCGACAGCAACCUGGACUUCGACAAAUAUUCUACACGCUGUGCACUGGUGCUUAAUCUUGACACAACUUCCGAAGUAAUAUACGCAGACCUAGUAUCCAUCGCAUGGCAAUCGACCGAUUUCACAACCCCCACAACAACACCGACGGCUGCUUCGACGUCUAUCCAACUAGCAGAGAGUUCUAGUACGAAUACUAGCACGAGUACCAUGACCGAAACCCCCACCUCCGCCCCAAAAGCUCACUCUGGACUAAGUGCCGGAGCACAGGCGGGCAUCGGCGUGGGUGUCUCGAUCGGUGUUCUGAGUGUUGUUGCAAUCGCCUUUGGGAUCUUUUUCAUUCGACGGAAACGACGUGCCGAGCUACCACAAGAUACCAGCUUCCCUGCAGAUGAUGACCCUCCUGCAGAGCUGCCACAUGAUGGGAAAAGCGGCCGGCCUCUAUCGGAGCUUCCUACGCCGGCGUUUUUCACCCCCGAACUACCAGGGAGUGAGGUGUCUCAAGGGGGAUCAAAUCUAUCCAAAUCAGAAGGGCCGACCGGGCCAGCAGAGCUUGGCCCCAUUCUCUAG